CAAAGAGGAAGCACCAUCCUUGUCCUGUCAGUGUGUUUAAUGACAUCUAAGCAGCAGGAGGGGCGGGGAGGUUAAAGCCUUAGACACUUUACUCCAGCGAGAUCAGCCUUCAACUGUCUGUCCGGACAUCAUCUCAUCUCAUCUCAGCUGUCGGGGGAAGUAUGGAGCUCGAAAACUUUAGAAAUCUGAGGGAGAGGUGCACCUUGAGGCGGGACAUCAUCAGAGAGUUUCUGGCAGAAUUACUAGGGACAUUCGCACUAAUACUCUUCGGUUGUGGUUCAGUGGCCCAGACUAUUCUUAGCAGAGAAAAACAAGGAGAAAAUCUUACCAUCCACUUUGGCUUUACUCUAGGGGUGAUGCUGGCUGUGUACAUGGCAGGAGGCGUGUCAGGUGGACAUGUGAACCCCGCUGUUUCUCUGGCUAUGGUUGUCUUGGGGAAACUCCAAUUAAAGAAAUUUCCUGUCUAUGUGGCAGCCCAAUUUCUAGGUGCCUUUGCAGGGUCUUGUGCUGUCUUCUGUCUGUACUAUGAUGCCUUUGCAAAUUUUGCUGAUGGUAAACUAAUUGUAGUUGGUGAAAACGCCACAGCAGGUGUCUUCGCCUCAUACCCACGUGAAGAUCUCUCAUUGUUAAAUGGAUUCAUUGAUCAGGUGAUUGGCACAGGUGCCCUGGUCCUCUGUAUUUUAGCCAUUGUUGAUAAGAAGAAUAUUGGGGCACCUAAAGGAAUGGAGCCACUGGUUAUUGGUCUGAGCAUCCUGGCUAUCGGAGUGUCCAUGGCGCUGAACUGUGGGUAUCCCAUCAACCCUGCCAGAGACUUGGGACCUCGGCUCUUCACUGCUAUGGCAGGAUGGGGACUAGAGGUGUUCAGCGCUGGAAAUGGCUGGUGGUGGGUUCCAGUGGUCGGGCCGAUGGUGGGCGGUGUGGCCGGGGCAGUGAUCUACUUCCUGAUGAUUGAGCUUCAUCACCCUGAGCUUGAGAAAAACCCUGAAGAUGACAACAGCAUCAAAGAUAAAUAUGAACUGAACACCGUGAACUAGAAAGAGAGGGAAAGAAUGGUCUCUUUUCCUUCACCAUAGACCUCAAACAAGAAGCACUGGUAUUUCUACACACUCUCCUGCUCUGUCUUUUCAUCUAGAUCUCUUUUCAGAGUCUUUUGCCAAUUCAGUUAAUGAAAAACCAAGCAGUUAUGAAAAACAGCAAGUGUUAACUCUAUAGUAAAGUUCCUAGACAAUUUUAAGUUGUCUUGAAAAAGCCUAGCCAGAAAGUUUGCAAAGGUUUUAAUAGCUUGAAGUUUGAAGGUUUUUAGUUUGAAGUAGUUUGAAAUGCUUAAUUUUAGUUUUAAAGAUUAAAGUUUGAAUUUUUUGAAGGCAAUACAGUCAAUCAGAAGAACAGAAAAAAAUACAGAUCAGUAGGGUACCUGGGGUGGUUUCUAGGGUGGUUGCUAGGAUACUCAAGGUGGUUGCUAGGGUGUUCCUGUGGUACCUGGGGUAGUUGCUAAGGUAUUGCUAUGUGGUUGCUAGAGUAUGUUGGGUGGUUGCUACCUGUUGUUACCUGGGUUGGUUGCUAAGGUGUUGCUAUGCGGUUGCUAGGGUACUCAGAGUGGUUGCUAGGGUGUUGCUAGGCUACCUUGGGUGGUUGCUAUGCGGUUGCUGUGGUACCCUGGGUGGUUAUUAAGGUGUUGUUAGGCAGCUGCUAGGCUACCUAGGUUGGUUGCAGAGGUGUUGCUAUAGAAACAUUAAUUCACCUCAACAUAUUCAUCCAAACCAGAAACAAUUUUACCAAGCUCCACUUGUUCCAAACCUGUGUGAGUUUCUUUCUUCUGUUGAGCACAAAAGGAGGUAUUUUGAAGAAUGUUGGUAACCAAACAGUUGACGGUAGCCAUUGACUUCCAUAAUAUUUUUAUUGUAGACCAACAUCCUUUAAAACAUUUUCUUUUGUGCUCAACAGAAGAAAGAAACUCGCGCUCAGGAAAUGAUGACAGAUUUUUCAUCUUUGGGUGAACUAUCCCUCGUUCUGACUGCACUGAUCUGACUUCACGACUAUAUCUGAGCUGAUUUAAUCAUUAUCACUGUCUGACCAUCAACAUCAGCUCACCGAGUCCACUGAGUUCAUGCACACAUACUCCCUCCGUUUCUACUAACUAGACUGUAGUGUGUUCAUCAGCCAACCCUUCUAUGAAACACUGCUACAUGCUGCAUGGGUUUAAUAUAUACAGUUGAUCAGAAUUUAGAAAAUUAUCAACAGCAUUUUCUUUAAGAAGAAUUAAGAUUUACAUUUGAAGGUGGGAAUCAGAAACAUUUGUAAUAAAUUAAAAGAGACUAGAAUUUAAAUCUUUAAUGACAUCUAUCAAGGAUGAAAUGACAAGAGCUUACACCCACACACACACACACACACACACACACACACACACUCACACACACACACACACACACACACACACACACACACACUGUUUCCAUGUUUCAUGGAUAUAUUCCAUAGAUGUAAUGAUUUUUAGACUGUAUGAACUAUAUUUUCAAUCCCCUUACCCGAACCCUACCCCCACACAAAACUUUCUGCCUUUUUAGACUUUCAAAGAACUUUAUUCUGUAUGAUUUAUAAGCUGUUAAAAACUUGUUGUGAUUUUGUUCCUAUAUUCUAGAGAACACCACAAUAUCUAUAAUGUAGGACCAUAUACAAACGCAGGCACAACUCUCUGUCCUGUUUACUGUUGUAAACUGUAAACAUGCUCUCUCUCUCUUUCUUUCUUUCUUUCUUUCUAUUUAUCUAAGGUGUUUCUAGUUGCUAGGGUACCCAGAGUGGUUUCUAGGGUGUUGCUAUGUGGUUGCUAGGGUACUCAGGGUGUUACUAGCAUGUUGUUGGCAUGAUUCGCAAGUUACCGGCAUGUCUCUAGCAUGAUUAGCAUGUUGGUAACAUGAUGAACAAGUUACUAG